UGGUUUGGCAGCACUUUUUACCGCUGGAAUGACAAUACAAUUUCAUGUCAUUACAACUGUUUGCAGAAAUAAUUGAUUGUAAAAACUUUUAAUUUAAACAGAAAAAUGGCACGUCGUUAUGAUUCGCGUACAACUAUCUUUUCGCCGGAAGGUCGAUUGUACCAGGUGGAGUAUGCAAUGGAAGCUAUUUCUAGAGCUGGCGCCGCAUUAGGUAUUCGUGCAGAAGACGGUAUAGUUAUAGCGGCAGAGUGUCAUACUACAAGUCCAUUGCUAGACAAUGAUAUCUUCCAGGAUAAAAUUUAUAAGAUCAAUGAUCAUAUUUGUGUGGCUGUCGCUGGCAUAACUUCGGAUGCUAAUGUUUUAGUAAAUGAGAUGCGUUUAAUAGCACAACGUUACCAAUAUAACUAUGGUUCGCCAAUACCGUUGGAGCAAUUGGUAUCACAUUUGUGUGACAUUAAGCAGGCAUAUACUCAAUAUGGUGGCAAACGUCCGUUUGGUGUGUCGAUUUUGUAUAUGGGCUACGAUAGACGUCAUCAGUUUCAACUAUACCAAUCGGAUCCUAGUGGCAAUUAUAGCGGUUGGAAUGGCACCUGCAUUGGCAAAAGCUUUGGUGUUGCUAUGUCUAUGCUAAAGACAGAGCUGGCAAAUCGUUAUGACAAUCCCGAGAAACCUCUUACAACUGAAGAAGCCAAGAAAAUUGCAAUUAAAGUGUUAGCUAAAAGCAUGGAAGGCAUAAAUGCGGAAAAGGUAGAAAUGGCAGUUACCACAUUAGGUAGUAAUUCACGUCCAGUAAUAAAAAUGGUUCAAAAAGAAGAAAUCGAACGAUUGAUAACCAAACAUAAUGAGGAGGAAGAAGAAAAGAAAGCGUCAACGUCAACAACAACUUAAACUUAAAGAUAUCCGAUUUUUAUAUCUAAUAUUUUAUGUUUCGAAAUUAAACGGAAAUAUCAAGUGUUAAAAGUAA